UUCUCUGGAGAUGUCCCGUCAUAAGCAUGCCGGAGAUCCCGAGGCACGCCAGCCGCUUCUCACGGGACAUCGCCUGGACGCAAGGGAGCUGGACUCGGAUGAAGGUGAAGUCAUUUUUGACAGAACAGCGGAAGCUGGUGGGCACGUACCGCAGAAACUGACGUAUGAGGAAGCAGUGGAAAGAGCAGGUUUUGGUUUGUUCCAUUGGCUGCUGCUGGUGGUUUGUGGUUGGGCCAAUGCCAGCGAUGCUGUGGAGAUUCUUUGUGUUUCUUUUCUGCUGCCAACGGCACGCUGUGAUCUCCAGCUGAGCUCCUCAGACAUGGGCCUGCUGACAGCAAGCAUUUUCCUCGGAAUGAUGGUGGGUGGCUACAUGUGGGGUUACUUGGCUGACCAGAAGGGGCGUCGCAGGGUUUUGAUCAUGUCUCUGACAGUCAAUGGGCUGUUUGGGGGUCUGGCUAGCUUGGCUCCAUGGUUCUGGCUCUUCCUGUUGAUGCGGUUCAUCAGUGGCAUUGGGGUCGGCGGGUCACUUCCUGUCAUUUUCUCCUACUUCUCAGAGUUUAUGCCCCGGCUGAGGAGAGGUGCGAUGAUCAGUUGUCUGGCCACCUUUUGGAUGGCAGGAAACAUCCUGGCUGCAGGUUUGGCCUGGCUGGUGAUCCCCAGAACCUGGGUAAAAUUUUUUCUGGGAACACUGGACUUCAAGAGCUGGCGGGUGUUUGUGGUGCUGUGCUCCGUUCCCAGCAUCUCGUCGGCACUCAUUUUCAAGCUGUUCAUGCCUGAAAGCCCCAAGUUCCUCAUGGAGGCUAACCGUGAGAAAGAAGCAAUCCAGGUUUUCAGAUUGAUGUUUAAGCUGAACAUGAAAGGAAAAGAAAAGGCUCUUCCGGAAUUUGGUUUGAGUACAAGUUCUACCCAAAAAGGUGACAAAGACAAGAGCAGAAGCUUGGGUUCAAGUAAAGAACGUCUUGCAAAUAUUUUGAAAAAGGCUUUGGCUCCCAUUAAAAAGAUAUUUCAGAGCCCUUUCAGAUCCAGGAGUAUCCCUCUUCUCAUCAUUUUCUACUCAAUAUCUUUUGGUUACUACGGGCUGUGGAUGUGGUUUCCUGAGCUGUUUGAGAGAACCGAAGACGGCGGCUCGCCCUGCGCAAAUGUGUCCCGCCCGUCUGUAGCGGCCAAUGAAACCUGUGACACGGUCAAGACAGCAGUAUAUACGGAUGGCUUCAUCACAGCUGCAGCAAACCUGCCGGGUAACAUCUUCACUAUUCUUGUGAUGGACAGCACCGGAGGAAAGGCUCUGCUUUCCGGCAGCCUGUUGUUGUCCAGUCUGAGUGUCUUCUUCAUCUAUGUGGUUCAGACCAAAGCUCAGAGUCUGAUCCUGUCCUGCAUCUUCAGCGGGGUGUCCGUGAUCGCCUGGAAUGCGCUGGAUGUCGUAGGAACUGAGCUCUACCCGACAAAGCUACGGUCCUCUGCUCUUGGUUUCUUCACAGGCGUGGGCCGAGUGGCAGCGAUCAUGGGUAACUUGGUCUUUGGAAGGUUGGUGGAUGCAAACUGUGCUGUCCCCAUCCUGCUGGUGUCAGCCCUGCUGCUCACUGGAGGACUGGUGGGUCUUCUACUUCCACAAACCAGGCAGACAGAACUCACAUGAACACUCGCGUUGUUUUAAAUGGAUUCCUCUUAACAUCCUCACAGAUGGGUAGAACGACUUGAAGCUCUGUAAUCUCUGUAUUUCCUGGUUGAAUCCUGUGCCUUCUGUCAUCUUUUUCUAUGGUGCCUAAUUUAAAAAUUCCACUGCUAAAACAAAUUGCUAAACAACAGUUGGCUCUCUCUGCCUUCCAAGAAUUACUGCGUUGGAAAGCUGAGAAAGAAGUGCCAGUGUGUUAUUAAAAUCCUGGACACCUGUAAAAAGUUUAUGUAAAUGACAAAACCCUAUAUUCAAAGUGAGAAAAUGGGGCCUUAUUAUCUGGUUUUCUGAAGAGUGAUGGAUCGACUGUAGGUCUUGUGUUUUUGCUUUCCUGUCAUGUUUAAGAAACUAGUUUUGUAUAGUGAGUACACUGUUCUCAUAAAGGGCUGAACGUGGACAGCAGCAAUACUCAGGUAGGCUCUGUCAUAUAAAUGAUGGUACUAAGGG